AUGUUAUUAAAUACUGCUUGGUUUUGUUUUUCUUCGUCACAUUUAUCUACUUCAUGUUAUUCAUCAUACGCACACAUAACAUUAUGCAUUAUUCGUACCGCACGCUCAAUUUAUUGCUCCGUCGUCUGAUUUAGCUUUAAGUUGUGUAUGGCAUAACGUAUUUAUAACUUUAUCUCAUUGUUUUUUUUCGUUGCAGAACUCACAGUGAUGGCCGAUAAAGAGAAAUGCGUCUACGUAAAUGCCAUAAUCGUUUUGCUUACUGCACAAGUUUGUGCUUCGGUAACCGGCACCGGUUUGAGGAAUCUCUCACUGUCCAUCAAACCACCGUGGGUGAGACGCGGCCAGGAGGCACAGCUGCACUGUCACUAUGAAAUGGAGGGUGCACCACUCUACUCAGUGAAAUGGUACCGAGGCACACUGGAGUUCUAUCGAUAUUCACCGUUUGAAAAUCCACCAGCAAAGAUUUUCCCAUUUACCGGCAUUAAAGUUGAUAUGACUGUAUCGAAUGCAACGCAUGUAACGUUACGAAACGUGGGUUUCAAUUUAUCCGGUAACUUUACAUGCGAAGUAACAGCAGACGCACCGUCGUUCUACACGGGAGUUGCAACAAAUGUGUUAACCGUAGUCGAAUUACCUCACUCACCGCCAACCUUGUGGACGGAACACACCAAAUACGACCCUGGUGAUAUAUUACGAGCCAACUGUUCUACCCCACCAUCGAAGCCCGGAGCCACGAUAACGUUUUUACUGAACAGCAUGACGGUUGGGACGGAAUCUACAGUGCUACAUCCAACGCAUGACAAUCUUCAUUGGGCAUCGCGAGAUCUUAUCAUUCAGCUAUUGCCCUCUCAUUACUCCACUGGACAACUAAUAUUACGAUGCUUGGCUGAAGUGGGCACCAUUUACUCGGAAGUAUCGCAGGCACCCUUGGAAUCUAGCCGCAAGGAACCAGUUCCGGAACGAGUUACAUCCCCAAAUGGUGCCGCAACUCUAAACGGAUGCAUAGAAACGCGACGGCAACAGCUUUUCCUGAACAUUACGGUAAUCCUUGUGAUACUGACCGUAAUACACUCGUACCGGCCGAACUCGCUGAUCCGAUAG